AUGGAGAGGGACAGGAUCAGUGAGUUGUCUGACUCCAUUUUGCUCCACAUCAUGAGUUUCAUGAACACAAAAUACGCUGUUCAGACUUGUGUCUUGUCUAAAAGAUGGAAUCACCUUUGCAAACUACUCAUCAAUCUUAUCUAUUCUCCUAUUCCUAAUCUCCCAAAGAAAAAUGGCGUUGAAAGGUUUAAGAAAUUUGCAACCUGGGUUUUGUCUACUCGAGAUCACUCUUGUUCCGUACAUAGUCUUCGUCUUCACCUUUGUUGGACUGACCCUGAACUCUUAGAUAAAAUCAUUAAAUAUUCUUUGUACUGUAAUGUGCAACAGUUAAUUCUAGAUGUGUACUCAGGCUUUAGACCUGAUUUUGAGUCCCUCCCUUUAAUCUUUUGUUCUCAGUCUUUGACAUCUCUCAAGCUUUGCAUUGCAUGGAACUAUGCCGUCAUAGUACUUCCAAAAUCUCUCCACUUGCCUGUAUUGAAAAACUUGCAUCUUCAAUGUGUAAUAUUUACAGCAAGUGAUAAUGAUUCAGCUCAGCCUUUUUCGAAUUGCCACUUGUUAAAUACUUUGGUCCUAAGAUAUUGUUCUUUGCAUGGUGAUGCACAGAUGCUUUGCAUAUCUAAUUCUACCCUUUCUAGUUUCACAAUCUAUGAAGGACAAACUUACCAAAUUCUGCUUUCUACUCCAAAUCUAAGUUAUUUUACCAUCCGGGGUUCUGCUAGUCACCAACUCUUCUCCAGAUGCAAUCUUUCUUUUCUUGAUGAAGUAAAUAUUGACGUGUCUUGGGAUGGAAGUUGGGCUGAGAAAAGUUCAAUCAUCAGUUCAAACAUCAUGAGAUGGCUGCAAGUGCUUGCCAAUGUAAAAAAAUUGACCUUUUCUUCUUGGUAUCCCUUUCAAAUAAUGUUACAUGAUUUCUCUAAUCCCCUUUCAAUGAGACCUGAAUCUCCGAGCUUAGUUAGAUUGGAGUCAUUGAAAGUGAUUAAACAUUUCUUUGUGGACGUAUCUGAUGAGAAAGUAAACACAUUAGUGGAGUACUUGCUACAGGGCUCUCCAAUGGCCAAAGUUGACAUCAUAACAAGGGAUUAA